UUUUGCAAAGAUUUUCAUGAGAAUUUUCGGUUUUCACUAAUUUUCAGCAGAUCUAUUUUAAGACAAAUGACUGAUAACAGCUUAAUUUAUAUCCUCUGUUAGUUUUCUAUUAACACAGUCAUGUGUGUCGAAGUCGAAAACACGAUCUCCAUAUGAUAAAUGUUUGAAUUUCGAACUGUUUCGUUCAACGGGGUGCUGAAGAUUUAAUUUUUAGGAAUAUGAAAUGGAACUUGAAGGGUUGGAAGGGUCGUUGGCUGUGGGCGUUGCUGGUGGUUAUUCUGUGUACCCUGACGGUCGCACAGAAGAUCGGUGACCCAUAUAAAAUUCUCGGUAUACAUCGAAAAGCAAGCUUGCCUGAGAUACGAAAGGCAUAUCGGCAAUUAGCAAAGGAAUGGCACCCAGACAAGAAUGAAAAUCCAAAUGCUGAAGACCGUUUUGUGGAGAUCAAGCAAGCCUACGAGCUGCUUUCGGAUACAGAACGGAGGCAGGCCUACGAUUUGUAUGGUAUCACAAACGAAGACGACCACAUGUACAAACCGAGACAUGACUAUAGUCAGUAUGCAAGGUUCAGCAAUGAUCCGUUCGAAGAGUUCUUUGGCACCCAUUUCCGGACCCAAGAUCAAGACAUAACGCUCUUCCACAAACUUUCCGUCACUGCUAGACACUUCGAGAACAAUAUACUGGAGAAGAGCGUUCACACUCCGGCCAUAGUCCUGUUCUACACGGACUGGUGCUUCGAGUGCGUGCGCGGCGCGGCGGCGUGGCGCCGGCUGGUGGAGGCCAUGCAGCCGCUGGGCGUCACCAUGGCGACGGUGCACGCGGGCCACGAGGCCGGCCUGGCGCGCCGCGUGGGCAUCCACGGCGUGCCCUGUCUCACGCUCGUGCUCGACAAACACGUCUACGUCUACAAAGAGAGCCUGUCUUCAACGCAAAAGAUAUUGGAGUUCAUCCGUUGGCGUUUCCCGUACAAGAUGGUGUUAAGUGUGACGGAUGCGAACGUGGACUCGUUCAUCUCGGACUUCGAGGACAACAAAGUGAAGGCUCUGAUCUUCGAGGAGCGGCACACGAUGCGGCUGCGCUACCUCGUCACGGCCUUCCACUACCGCGACCGCGUGGCCUUCGGUUUCGUGGACAUGAAGUCUCAAGACACGAGGAACGUGUCGGGCCGCUUCAAGGUGCAGCGCGACGUGGACACCAUGGUGCUGGUGAAGGAGGACAGCGACGCGCCCGCCGCCACCGUCAGCACCGCCGAGAUACCCACCGAGACACUCCACCAGCUCAUCGAUGCUGAACAGCUGCUGACGCUGCCCAGGCUCUCGUCGCAGCCAAACUUUUUUGUGUANGCGUGCCCGGUGGAGUGGCGCGCGGCGCGGCGGCGGCUGUGCUGCGUGCUGCUGUGCGCGCGCGGGCCCGGCUCGCAGCCCGCCCGCGCCGCGCUGCGCCGCCUCGCCCGCCGCGCGCCCGCCCCCCCCGCGCGCGCGCACUUCGCCUACGUGUACACGCACGCGCAGCCGGACUUCGUGCGCGCGCUCGCCAACGGAUCCGGCAUAGACACAUCCGAAGUGGAGCAUCGCAUAGUGAUAAUAUGGCGGCGCGAGGUGUCCCGGAUCCAGUACGAGUGGUUCAACGAGAGCUGGCCGGCGCGCCUGCCGCACAACGGCACGGAGGCGGCGCUGCUGCACACCAUCGCGCGCCUGCUCAAGCCCACCGAGGAGCUCGCCUACGAAGCGCACGUGCAGGAGCUGGCGGACGAGGCGGCGCUGAGCGCGUGGUGGCGGGCGGCCGUGCGCGCGUGCGAGUGGUGGCAGCGCACCGUGCGCGCGCGCCACGCCCUCUCCGCGCUCUCCGCUCUCGCCACAGUGCUGCUGGUCGCCGGCCUGGGCUACCUCAUGGCGCACCUCAUUAAAAUAGAAGAGGAGUCGGUUCAGCGUCAGAAGGAGGAGCGCAGGAAGCAGGGCGGGGGCGGGGGCGGCGGCGGCAGGGCGGGGGCGGAGCCGCAGCCCGAGCUCAGGCUGCACGAGCUGCGCGCCGAGAAGUACAACGGGCUGGUCAGACUGAUGAAGCCCGGCUGCCGCACCAUCGUGCUGCUGGUGGACAUGCAGAGUCGGGUGCAGCUGUUGUCCAAGUUCCACAAGAUCGUGUGGCCUUACCGCAAGAACAAGACGCUGGUGUUCGCGUACCUGGUGGUGGAGCGCAACGUGUCGUGGUUCGCGCGCGUGCUGGCGGGCGCGCUGGGCGGCGCGGGGCUCGCGCUCAACGCCCGCAACUGCGUGGGCACCGUGCUGGCGCUCAACCCGCACCGCCGCUACUACUGCAUCUACCACGCCAAGCUGCCCGAGGGCUCCAAGCCGCACAAGCGCAUGAGUCGCAUGACCCGCGCCCUGGGAAGCAGACGGGCCGACCCAGAAGCCGGCGCCUUCAUCGGCUUCCACUCCGACCAAGACUCUUCUGAUGAUGAGCAGGACUCUCCGGUAUUGCUACAGGAGAAUCUCCUCGACGGAUUGGAGAACUGGUUGGACCGGCUGUUCGAAGGAAGCACCCACCGUUACUACAUCAACUACUGGCCCGACAUGACGAAAUGAACAUAGAACUAAUCAAUAAUGUGCUCUAUUAUUAUGGAUAUAACGUUCAAAAUCGUUUGUCGGUUGAUGCUGUGUUGUCUUUUGGUUUGCGUACGAUUUCAUUAAAGGAAUUCGAGUUUUGUUGCGUUGGAAAUAAGCUGUACUUUAGAAUGUAUAUUUGUGGGUCCAUUUGCUUAGUGGACAUAGUAUAUGGCUAAGAACAGAUAUUUUAAAGAAUAAAUUGUUAUUGAUAUGUACAUUGACACUUCAGUCUAUCUUAAUUGGCUAAUUUGGUAGAAAUUAUUGUAAGCUCCGAAUUUUCUUUGAUGGCAACACAGUAUAUAUUCUCUGGAUAGUAGAAAUUUUGAAAAAAUUAAUAGUGCUUUGGUACUCUGGUAAUUAAUUAUUAGUAUGGCUUACCCACGUUCAAACUUAUGAAUAUCAUAAAUUCCACUAAUGGUUUCCGCCGUUAUCGAAUUGUAAUUGAGAUUUUGACUAUCUUCAUCUCACUCGCACCAUGGUGUUUUGUGUGAUGUGUAAUUGUUUAAAGUUUAAAGAUGCACUGUUUGAAUACAUUUUUGUCGCAAAAGAUAAAUGUGGAGGGAAAAAUAGAACGAAAAUAAUUGUGUCCUUUUUGUAAGCGGUGUUACGUGGACAUACUAAACAGCCAUAUUAAGAUUUUUACAUAUUUGUCGUUUGCACGUGAUUCACAUUACUGCCCUGUUAUUGCCAAUUGUUUAUUUUAAAAAAUAUAUCUAGAUUCUAUCUACCUGAAUAUGGUCAUAUUUACGAGCUGCCCUGAUUUGUCUCUAUAUUGGAAAAGUCACGUAAAUUUCGGAUAUAGAGUCAUUGAAAUUGAAUCACAACCCGCACCGAAGCGGCGUUUGACCACACCCUGUACAUACUCAGUUGCUUAUAGGUCCUGGUACUUUAAUCUGAAUGAUAACAAACCUAAGUAAUUUUCUGAAAGAAAUUUUAUUAACACAAACAUAUAUUUAAUAAGAAUAAAAAAAACAAUAUUUAUUGCCUUUCAAACAGAUUUAGGUGCAGGCAAAUAAAUAAAAGACAUAAAAAGACAAAAGGAGGUGACCCAGCUGAUGCUGUUCAAAGUGAAUGUAUCGAACACUCCCGAUUUUCCGUCACCCCAUUCCUCUUUGUUUUAUUAAAAUUACAAUAAAUGAUUACAAGAGUAAAAUGUGAUGAUUUGUUCGAAAAUAUUUUUCAUUUAAUUAACGUAUCGUUUUAAAAAAAAAAAUCGGGUUCAAAACAGGACGAAAUUGUCGUCACCCUACACUGACGUAAUGAAUAAUCUGGUUGAAAAAGUAGCACCUUGAAUUCUAAGCCUUAAAGUACACUGAGCAAGGACUAUUUGUGCUUGCUGUUUUACCCGUUAUAAUGAAAAAAAUGACGGUUCCUAUCUCGUAUUAUUUACAGACAAGUUUCUAUUUUAUUUAAUUGUAGAGGUCAUGCUUAAGUGGUAUAACGCCAUGUAGAUAUAUCAGGGCUUGUCGGGUGACCAGCCUCGAAAUGAAGGUAGAUGGGAUUUUUUUAUAUUAGAUCGUUGCGAGUUUUAGUACGUAAUGGAUUAUAAAUUUAAUUGUUGUGCAUGUGUAUGUGCUUGUUGGUUUUCGACUGAGGGUUUUUACUGUGUUUUAUGUUUAAUUAAUGGAGUUUUUUAAAUUAUCUCCUGAGGUAAUAUGUUUGCAGUAUGUAUUCGAAAAACAGAUGGCGCUGUUGGUUCGUUGUAUACAUAGUGUUGUUUUUUCUGUUGUUUUUUUGUGUAAAGAAAUCGUUCGAUAGAUUUAUAUAAUUAAAAUAUUGAGUAC